UGGACCACAUCCUCCUGCCAGAUGAAAAAGACUCAAAUUGUUUGUGUCCAGGGCAGGAGACCUGCAGUAAGUACAACAGACUCCAGAGGACCAGCUGACUUCUUCCUGCCGCUCUUUCAUUGACUGUCAGCAGAAACUUACCCAUCAUGGCCACCUACAUCUCACAACUUGAUGUGUCCCUGAAUAAAACACAUGAGCAACAUCUCCUCGCCAGGGGCUUCAUGAAACUCCCAAAUGACCUGAACAAAGGAGCAUGUGGCAAUCAGAUCUAUCUUUGGUACAAAAAGGGGCAAAGAGGGGGAGCAAUCACCAGGCUGCAAGUUUCCCACAACCCUGACAUGGCAACUGGAUUGACCAGAGCAGGGUACACACAGAUCGCUAAAGAUCUCAAUGCUGGUGCAGGAGGUGAUUGCAUCUUCCUUUGGUACCUCCGGGGCUCCGGAGAGUACGAUACUCCCAUAGUGGACAUUGAUGUCACUACAGAGGCAAAAAAUGAAGCUGUAAAGUUUAGCUUUGGCUGGCAGAGACUGUCCUGUGAUCUGAACCGCAAUGCCGGAGGGGCCUGGGUCCAUUUCUGGGUGAAGAGAGCAGAACAAACCUACAUCUGCGACAUCACUGCCACCGAUUCCUACGGAUCAGACACCGACCUGUUUCAGGGCGGUUACAUCCGUGUGGAUGAAAAUACUAACAGGAGAACAGGAGGAUCCGAAGACUUCAUCUGGUACCGUCAGACCACCGACCCCAAGCGUGCACUCACUGAUCUGCAGGUCUCCACCAGUGAAGCUGAGGUGUUUGCCUUCCAGCAGCAAGGUUACACAUGUGUGAGUGUCAACCUCUCCGGUGAAGGCAGUGGUCGACUGGUGUACGUGUGGUACAAGAAGGGGGGACCCAGCAAUCCCAUUAAGGCCAUCGCCAUCCUUGUCAACUCAGCUUUGAUCUCAGCUUACACCAAGGCUGGUCUCACUGUUAUCGAUAAAGAUAUCGAUGCAGGCAGUCAAUGCUUCUCUGACUACCUGUGUGUGUAUCAGUGAAAGCAACACACCUUCCUCAUGGCAGCAGAGUGGAGAAUUUCCAACACUCACUGAGUGUAAAGCAAAAUCCAACCAUGCGGUUCAAUCUGUUAGGUGAUGGCCUCUUUAACCUUUUCUUUCUUUUUCUGUAUACAAAUUAUGAUUCAUCAAAUUAAAGUCACAUAUAGUAUCACAAAGUAUCAUACGGCUUAUGGGUUUUAAAAGUAAAGUUUUCCGUGAGAUGAGAAGAAGUCAUAUUUUAUAAAGGCACAGUCCAAUAAUGUUGUCAAAUCAUGUUUGUGAUGGUCUCCUUCACUUUUUCUCUUUCACGAUGAAACAAUGUGAUUCACAUAUUACAGUUAUACUAGUGGUAAUAUCAGAAAGUAUCAAUAUAUGAUUUAUUCUGUUUAACCUGAUGACAAUCAAACUAUUUAAAUUUUAUUUCGUUCAACGAUGUAAAUGAAGAUUAAUAAUCUGUAUCACUUUAUUCUGACCAUUUCCUGCUUUUCAAUAAAGACAUCUCUGCAUAUGAAGUGUGUUUGCUUCAGA